UGCAUGACUGCAAGCUAAUCGAUGCUAACAUGCUAUUUAGGCUAGCUAUAUGUACAUAUUGCAUCAUUAUGCCUCAUUUGUAGCUAUAUUUGAGCUCAUUUAGUUUCCUUUAAGUCCUCUUAAUUACAUUUAUAUCUCAUGACACAUGUAAUAUGGCUUUUAAUUUUUUGCGGCUCCAGAUAGAUUUGUUUUUGUAUUUUUGGUCCAAUAUGGCUCUUUCAACAUUUUGGGUUGCCGACCCCUGUACUAGCCGUAUUUUACGACUUAGAAUGCAUGAAUGCGCGCAGGUGAGGAGGCUUCCGGGAGGAGGAGUUGAGGGAUGAGGAUGGAGGGUGUUCACUAUCUCCUCUCCUCUUCGUCCCUGCUCUAUCCUGCAACCCAGGGACAGCUCCUAGAAGUCACACUCGCACCUCCCGCUGCGCGCAAAACUCCGGCCGGCGAGCGCUGCGUGAGACAGGACGGCUCGGAUGUUGCGCACGCAGCGAGGCGGCGCGCAUUGUCUGGUGUAGAAGACGCCGAGGAGCAAUUAUUAGCAACAACUUGAAUAGCUUCUCUUCUUUCCCUGACACUUUUUUUUUUCUUUUUCUCGCACCUGCCGCUUGUGGGAUUGCCGCGCGUCUUCUUGCUGGCGUGUGCGCAACCGAGGAGGCGUUUGGGGACUUGGUGCGCAUCAGAGGAAGGUGACAUGAAGGUGCUCGGGUGGACCACACUCGUCCUCUGCCAGUGGAUCCUACGCAAGGUCCAAGGGUUGGACAAGAAAGUGGACUUCGCAGACCUGGGCCAGGUGGGCUCCGCGAUGAAGACUCUUCCUUACAGCAUGGCCGGAGGCACAGGUGGAGCACCACCAGGAGGAGCUGGUAAACCUCCGUACCAAACCCGAAUCUUCUCUUCCUCCUUUGACCAGACACCCCUGAAAUCCAAGCCGCCCGCCUACAGUUUCUUUAACCCUUACGACACGGCCCGUAACCAGUCCCUGCUGGUAGAUCAGACGGGGUACCGCUCAAAGCGUAAGCCCUCUCUGAAGACUGCAAUGAAGACUAAGAAGAUCUUUGGCUGGGGGGAUUUCUACUUCAACGUCAAGACCCUCAAGUUCAGCUUGUUAGUGACAGGGAAGAUUGUGGACCACAUCAACGGGACGUUCACCGUGUACUUCCGUCACAAUUCGUCCAGUCUUGGGAACGUGUCAGUCAGUAUUGUCCCUCCCACCAAAGUGGUGGAGUUCGAGGUCCUCCAGCAGCAGUUCUUGCACCCCCACAGCCAACAAGAGGUCCAGAUCCAAGAGACCCAGCAAUCCCCCGUCGACCCCAAAGAGGUGAAGACUUUUAACUGCCGGGUGGAGUACGAGAAAACCAACAGGUCCAAGAAGCCCAAACCCUGCCUGUACGACCCGUCCCAGACGUGCUUCACGGAGCACACCCAGUCGCACGCCGCCUGGCUCUGCGCUAAACCCUUCAAAGUCAUCUGCAUCUUCAUCUCCUUCUUUAGCAUCGAUUACAAGUUGGUUCAGAAGGUGUGCCCGGACUACAACUUCCAAAGUGAGCACCCUUACUUGGGAUAAAAAAGGCAAGAAGAAAGACUGAUGGGAAUGAUAGUCAUAUUGAUUACAUAUUGAUGGAGCAGGGAACACUUUCUUGCCUCUAAGCUGCUGUGAUUUCAAACAAGUAUCAUCAAAGUUUUGGAUGCUUAGGAUGAGGCUUGGUCCUUUUUCUCCUCCCUUCAACUUUCCCUUUUUUGGAGCUCUUUGUGUAAAUAUUGAUCUCAACCCUCAGCGCACUUAUUGUUUUGAUAUAUUGGUUUCUUAGUGUGCUUACCGUACUGACUUCAAUUCAAGAAGGUAUAUUUUCCCCUAGAAAAAAAAAAAAAAAGUACGAAAAAGGCAGGUCGUCUUAUAUUCGGGGUCGGGAAAGCUACGGUAUAAUGUACAUGCAAACCACCUGCCGUAACUUCUCUCCCAGGCAAGUCAGAGCUUUUCUUCCUGUUAUUCACACACAUGUACAGUAUAAUGCUGAUUGGGGUAUGAUCAAUGAAGCAAAGUAAUCAAGCAACUAUCUAGCAACAGAAGAAAAUAUGGAAAUAAUAUAUAUCUUGUUAUGAAAAAAAAUGUCUGUGAUUGUAUCCGAAAGAAAAUUGUGUUUACCAAAAACAGAAGGGUCAAACAAACAAACCGACAGAUGGCGCAAGACACCUCAAAGGUUGUUAGCAAGUUACCAAAUAACAGCGGGGUGCUCAAUUUAAAGGGGUACCGCACUUUUUUAGUCCGUCAUUCACAAUUCUUAUGAAAGACAAGAUCACAUAUAUUUUUUCUUUUUUUGUGCAUUCUAACUCGUAAAUAAAAGCUAGCAAAAGUCAGCUAACAAUAGAGCCAAUGGGAGUCACUCUAUCCCGCCUAUAAAGCGCUCUAAAAAAAACCUCCUAAAAACCCCAGCAAUGUUUUAAAUACACGCUGUGAGUAUAUAUGUAAUGUAGCAACAGGAAAAAUCAUAAUAACAUGAAAUAUUUACAUGUUUUGCUCAUGCUAAGCAUACGACGGCCUAUUUAAUUUGAUAGAAAAAUCACAACGUUCGCGUUUCCCUUCAACAACAACAACACUACUAAUCAUGGAAGACUUCAUGAGAGACAACAAAGACUACUUUGGGGCAAAUUAUGAUCCAGAAACAUAUAUUUUUGAGCAUGAAUACAAGGAGGAUGGGCAACAAGUUAUGGAAGCUAUGUGCUGAACAGAUGCAGCUUUUGUAAAACACUAAGCACCAUGUAGCAGCAUUGCUAAGUGCUUAACAAGAUAUGUAAACUACCAACAUACUAUUAUGAUCACUUACUGUACAAUGUCUGCUCUUCCUAAGGUGACGAUUGAUGGGAUGUUUAUCUUUUUGUUUAGAACUUUUCGUAAAUGUCAUGAAGACAAGCAUUUAUAUUUGUGUCUUUCUUGACAUCUACGUGUCUAAUUUGGAUGUCAAAGUUGACCACUUCUCGAUUUAUGGCCACAUCCUUCUACUAUCCAAGUGAGAGGCAUGAUUUAUAAUCAAGAAUUGACUUUCCUCAACUUACAAGCAAUGCAACAGCAGCAGCUCAGUAUGCCAAUAGAGCAGCAUAAGCUAGUUAGCUCUCUGUGAUCACACGGCAUCGCUUAAAAUAGAUCGUCCGUGUUAGCGCUUGUAGUAACAAUAUCGCUAAUACUUUAAUAUUCAGGUCACGAGAUGUAGCAACAGGCAAAAUCAUAAUAACAUGAAAUAUUUACAUGUUUUGCUCAUGCUAAGCAUACGACGGCCUAUUUAAUUUGAUAGAAAAAUCACAACGUUCGCGUUUCCCUUCAACAACAACAACACUACUAAUCAUGGAAGACUUCAUGAGAGACAACAAAGACUACUUUGGGGCAAAUUAUGAUCCAGAAACAUAUAUUUUUGAGCAUGAAUACAAGGAGGAUGGGCAAAAAGUUAUGGAAGCUAUGUGCUGAACAGAUGCAGCUUUAGUAAAACACUAAGCACCAUGUAGCAGCAUUGCUAAGUGCUUAACAAGAUAUACAAACUACCAACUUACUAAAACGAUCGCUUGCUGUACAAUGUCUGCUCUUGCUAAGAUGCCGAUUGAUGGGAUGUUUACCUUUUUGUUUAGUGUGAAGAAUUGUUCGUAAUUGUCAUGAAGACUGUCAUGUCGGUGUGAUCAUGUUUUGUUUUAGUCAUGUUCGGUUUUGUUUUUGGACUCUUUGUGCACUUUUGUUUGUUUUGUCACCAUAGCAACCCAUUAGUUUUCACCUGUCAUGUCACACACCUGUUUUCACGUUCGGACUCACACACCUGUUGUCAAUCAUGUCUGUAUUAUUUAAAGCCCAUUGUUUUCAGUUAGUCUGCCUGGCGACAUCACACUUUAUGAUCACUCUUCUUCAUGCCAUGUUUACAGUCCCAUGCCAAGUAAGUUUUUGUUUCAUGUUCAUAGUUUUUUGCCUUUGUGCAAGUCUUUUGUUUUCAUUAGCCAAGUUUUGCACCUCCGCUGUGAGCGCUUUUUGUUUGUUCCUUUUUUGAUGGAUUAAUUAAAACAUGUACUUACAUUCACGUCUUGCCCGCGCCAACUUUCCAUUGCCUUCCGGGAAAACAAACCUCAAGGACCAAGUCUUGACAAAGACCAGCAUAUAUUUUUGUCUUUCUUGCCAUCUAGAUGUCUAAUUUGGAUGUCAAAGUUGACCACUUCUUGAUUUAUGGCCACAUCAUUCUACUAUCCAAUUGAGAGGCAUGAUUUACAAUCGAGAAUUGACUUUCCCCUACUUACAGGCAAUGCAGCAGCAGCAGCAGCAGCUCAGUAUAAGUAUUGUUAAGCUUCGCCAGGCUGGAAAGCAUUCACCGUGUAGUUACAGGUCCAUGGUUUAAUAGUAUUGUUGAUUUUCUGUCUAUCCUUCCAGUCAGGGAUUUAUUUCUUUUGUUUCUAUCUGCAGUUAAGCACGAUGCUAUCAUGUUAGCUCUGUAGCUAAAGUGCUUCGCCGAUGUAUUGUCGUGGAGAUAAAAGUCACUGUAAAAUACAAAUCCGUUAUCCACAAUAGAAAAAGGAGAGAGUGUGGAAUCCAAUGAACCCUUGUACCUAAGUUACGGUCAGGGCGAAAAAAGAUACGUCCUGCACUGCACUCUAGUCCUUCACUCUCACGUUCCUCAUCCACAAAUCUUUCAUCCUGGCUCAAAUUAAUGGGGUAAUCGUCGCUUUCUCGGUCCGAAUCGCUCUCGCUGCUGGUGUAAACAAUGGGGAAAUGUGAGGAGCCUUUCAACCUGUGACGUCACGCUACUUCCGGUACAGGCAAGGCUUUUUUAUCAGCGACCAAAACUUUAUUGUCGAUGUUCUCUACUAAAUCCUUUCAGCAAAAAUAUGGCAAUAUCGCGAAAUGAUCAAGUAUGACACAUAGAAUGGAUCUGCUAUCCCCGUUUAAAUAAAAAAAAUCAUUUCCGCAGGCCUUUAAUAUUCAAGUCACAAGAUGUAAAUGUGAAUAUUGUUGGUUGGUUUGGAUGGUUUUUAGAAUGCUUUAUGGGCGGAAUAGUGUACUCCCAUUAGCUGCAUUGUUAGCUACUUCUUACUUGACGUACAUUACAAGUUAGACUGCAUAAAAAAUAAUAAAAACAUAAGUGUUCUUGUCUUGCAUAGGCAUUGUGAAUGAUCGGCAAAAUUCUAAUAAAAAGGCGCAGUCCCCCUUUAAUGAAGCAGCGUUAUUAAAAAAACUGCCUAGCAACUAAGAAUAAUGACAUCCUGAAAUCGGAAAUGUGAUUUUAAAAGAAUAGAUUGAUUUUUGUCCAAAAGUUGUUGUUUUUUAAAACAGGGGUUGUCUUCUACAAGGCGUGUCAUAAAGUUUCCAAGACUGCUGAUGUAAUCACUUUCUGAUUCUUAAUUGUCCAUCUGACCUUGACAUGCUCCUCUUUCCAUUGGGCAUUUCCACGCAAGAGGUCCAAGGUCACAGGGGUGCAACUCGAAGAGCUUCCCGUUUCUCUCCAUCUACUCGACCACACAGCAGCAAAACUGUUCCAAGGGGGCUCAUCAAAAGGGACCCCGUUUUAAAGACGUGGACUCCUUCCAGGAGUGUUUAAAGACGUGGCAGGGAAAGCUAAGAUUGUCUCCUGGGCCCAGGUGUUCAAAGGUAAUCUGAUUGAAAUUUGGAUAAAUUCUUGAAAAUCAGUUGUUCAAAACCAAAAGUGAGUCUGAAAUCAGAUUAGGUUGCAUAAUAUUAUAUGUAUAUCUGCGUCUUUAAAAAAAACUGUUUAUUGGAGUGUAUUGGAUCUCGGUAACAAAAUGUAAUUAAAAUCAAAUGAUAAGUGGUCAAAUAAAUAACAUUCAUCAAGCGGUAGAUACACAUUUAUUUAUUGAUCAUGUUUCAACUGGUUGUUCAAAACCAAACAGUUGAAAUGAACAAACCUAACACUGAAGACCAAGAAAGUAGAAAUAACAUAAUAACAAUAAAGUAUUCAAUUCUAACUCUAUUUGGAAACGUAAUAUUUACAGACACAUCCAACAAUUUAAAAAUAGUUUCUGACAAUGUGUUGUUUUUUUUUGUUUUGUUUUGUUUUUGUAAUGUUUAAAGGUUGAAAUGUUUAAUUAAAGUACAUGGAAUGUA